AUGGUGUUUAUUGGCUUGGAAAAGGGGUAUGAUAAGGUCCCUAGGGAGGUUCUUUGGAGAUGCUUGGAGGCGAGGAGGGUCCCGGUGGCAUACAUCAGAGCGAUUAAAGACAUGUAUGAGGGAGCAAAGACUCGAGUAAGGAUAGUGGAAGGAGAUUAUGAGCAUUUUUCGAUCUUGACAGAGUUGCACCAGGGAUCAAAUCUUAGUUCGUUUUUAUUCGCUUUGGUGAUGGAUGUGUUGAUGCAAAAUAUACAAGGCGAGGUUCCUUGGUGUAUGCUUUUUGUGGAUGAUACAGUUCUGAUUGAUGAGUCGCGACAAGAGGUUAAUGAUAAGCUAUAG